AUGAAUCCUCCAAGCUUCAAUGGUUCAAGCAUUACUGAGGAUCCAGAAAACUUUGUUGAGGAAGUGCGAAAGUGGAAGAAGGGUAGAGCUGAGGGUGCACCAAUUCUGAGUUGGGCCAUGUUUGAGGAGGAUUUCUUGGGUUGUUUCUUUCUCUAUGAACUGAGAGAAACCAAGGUUGAGGAAGAGAUGCUGAGGGAUAGGGACGAGUUUAGAAACAAGAAGGCUAAGAUAGGGAAUGAGUCUAGGGAGCAAAGGAAAAUUUGCAACACUUCAAAGCUAGACCUGCACAAUCUCAAAGUAGUGUGGCACAAUGAGGUAAUUGUGCUCCUGCAUGUGCUAAGUGUGGUAGGAAACACCCAGGGAAAUAGAGCCCAAUUUUCAUCAGUUGAUCCACCAAAUGGGGCUGCACCUAGAGGAGCUGCUUCAGGUACUGGUGGAGAAGAUAACGACCUAUAUGCUAUCACUAGCCGCUAA